GUUCACAACAGCUGGUGUUCUGUGGACCGGCUCAACCACGGAGGAAGGACUCAACCCUCAACGCCGCGUUCUACGCUUCACAGUCUUGCUUUCUCUUUAUCCAAGCUUCGUUAUUUAUCUCGUUAACGUUUGACUUUACACACGCGCUACGUUUCGUGUGAAUUCGCGACUGACUUUAUAUUACAACACCGUAGCUGGCCCGUGGAAAACUGCGCGUAGUUUUCCCCAUCAUGAACGUAGAUGUUCUGAACUGCGAGCUAAUUUGGAUCGACGGGUCUUGCUACCGCAAACUGACGCCGAUCAGUCGGUUUUCGCCGUCGCAAAAGUGUCGAGACUGCGGACAGACGCCACGAAGCUGUCAACGAUGUCGGUGCCGACGGUGGUCCGACCGAGUAACUUCCUACGAUGACGAGCCCACUUGCUUGGUGUCCAAGACGAAAACUCUUUCUCUGUCAAAUGACGACAGCUCGGAUGGAGGGCCGAAAGGAUACUUCCGACGAACACACUACGUGCCGCAUCGAUUUCUUCCGCGGCUCUGUGGAAGGAAGCAUGCCUUCAGGAUUCAAAUGGAACGCGAUACCAACACCAAAAUCAUGAUCCCCCAACCGGAUUCAACCGUGGAUCGCAACCGCGACUUCAGCUUUGGACGUGUUCACAUCCCCAGCAUCACUGUGGUCGACCCGCACAACUGCGAGAAAGACGGAUUUUACAAGAAGAUCGCCGAACUUGCGCUGCCGAAACCACUGCAGCAGCAGUGACAGUCUGCCACCACAGCAUCCCGUUACCAGUCAUUCUCCGAAAUUGUACAAAUGCAUGUUGGUAAUCGUGAUUUGCAUGCUCAGGAAGUAUGCAGAGUCUGUGAUCCACAGCCUUUAGUUAUUCUAUGUGUAAUAAAGAAUGGAAUAAAGCCUUGUUUUCUCA